GGUGGAGUUACUGAGGAGAAGCAGCAGCUGGAUUUUCAUGAAGUUUCUGCUGCUCAUAUGUGAAAAUUUACAGAUUGCUGUUUCACUAGCUCAUUCAGAAUGGCUGGUCCAGUUCCAGCGCUCCCAGACUCAUUUACUCCGAAUUCGGACACCGUUUACUCGGAUCAGUUUGGCUUUUACUCUCUGGACAGUAACGUUCCUGGUCUUUCUAAAGUCAUCUUAGACAAACUCAACAUGAAAGACUACAAAGAAUACAGGGCUGCACUGGAGGGCAAAGGAAAGGUGGGAUUUCGCUCUCACAAAGAGAUGUUUCAAAAUCUAGAAGAAACGUUCAAAUUCUGCACCUGCUGCUCCAAACUCCCGUCCAACCUUUCAGACCCAAAAGCCCUCAAACGCUGCAUUAAGUGUCUGAACGUGUAUUACUGCAGUAAAGACUGUCAGAAGAAGGACUGGUCUUUGCAUAAGCAGUUCUGUAAGAUGCUUCAUAAGGUCUCCAUCGACAGGCUGGUGGAGUGGCUCGUUCACACAGGAGAUCUUCCUUUCCCUGCGGAGGCGUGGUCUCGUCCCGCUAAAGACAUCAGGUGUUGGGAUGACUGGUUGUCCAUGCAGGGAGAUCUGACGCCCCGUCUGGACACAAUCCUGUCUGGACAAAACAUGACAGACCUCUGGACCAAUGCCUGCAGACCACGGCCGGAGGAGGCGGAGCUUCGUAAGUCUGUGUGGCGAGUGUGCAGUGAGUUCUUCUCUCGCUCGCUGACGCUGGGCCUCGGGAUUCAGAUGGCCCGUCUGGACCCAUAUUCCCGUCCUCUGACCGUACAUCUCGUUGGGGCCGGUCACAACGAGACCCUGGGAGCCAGAACCACAGACAUGGACGAGCUCAGCCGCAUGUUCCCGGGGCACCAGGGGCUGGAGGUGGUGAUGGUGGGGCCCGAGGUGGUCCAGGGGCCCAUCAUGAGGCCCCCGCUGAGGGCGUUUGGACCCCGGGGAAAGGUUUACAUCAGCGCUUACAAGGGCCUCUACCAUCAGUUCUGGGAGGAAGUUGUGGAGAAAGGAGAAGCGGCCAAACCAAAUCUUGUGGUCGGAUUUCAUCCAGGGUUCCACGCGUCUCAGGGUUUAGGAGAGGGCUGGCUGCCCACGUUACUGCUGCUCAGAGACUAUAACAUCCCAUCCAUCUUCACCAUGUACAAUGAUGCUGAGCUCCAGUAUUCCCUGAAGAUCCUCAUAGAGCUGGAGAUGGACGUUAAAGACACCGGACCCAAUCCCUUCAGCUCCCAGAAACCCGAGCAGGUCCAGUCCAGCCCAAACAAGGGCCCCAGUUACUGCAACGCAUUUUAUAUUUACUUUCAGGGUCUGCUGGAGACACAACAGGAGGAGUAGACUCUCACAGACCUUCGCCUUCAUUCACUUAGAAACCAGCUGAAUGCUUCUAAAAAAGCCUGCAAAUGAAUAACCCCCUGAAUGGCACUUGCUAUUACAGUUGAAUAAUUAUUUAAGAAAUAAAUGUUUAACGUAAAACUGCUGUUAAACAGUUGCUUGCAACACAAUUUAGUGAACAUUUAGCGCCCCCUAGUGCUGAAAUCUGCCAUGACAUUUCCUUUAUUCGCUCUUUAAAAGUUUUAUAUUAUAUUAUAUUAUAUGUGAACCUGGACUACAAAACCAGCCAUAAGGGUCAAUUUGUUUGAAACUGAGAUGUAAGCAUCACGUGAGAGCUGAAUAAAUAAGCUUUGCAUUGAUGUAUGGUAGUUAAUAUAAUAUUAAUAUAGGAAAUUUACAAAAUAUCUUCAUGGAACAUGAUCUUUACUUAAUAUCCUAAUAAUUUUUGGAAUUAAAGAAAAAUCGAAAAUUUUGUCCCAUAUAGAUAUUGUUGGCUAUUGCUGCUACAAAUAGCCUACCCGUGCUACUUAUGACUGUUUUUGUGGUCCAGGUUCAAAUUUGAUAAAUAAUCUUCAUAAUCAUUCAUUUUUUAUUUAAAACCAAAAGGUCUAUUUUGAUCCCUUAGUCAGAGCUCGUGCCAGAUUUGUUUAUUAUCUGUAUGUUUUAGCUUCACUUGAGUGAUUAUUUAAUAUGGAAGAAGCUUUAUAAAGCUAAU